UCAACGCAAACCCUUUAUACUCGCAUUCCUUCUACGUUCUCAGCGAUUGAGAAAAGGCGCUGCCGGAGGUCAAGAAAAGCAACAACGAAUAACUUACAAAGUUUUAUUUGCUGCUGAAACUUUUAAAACGGGAAAAAGUAAGCGAAUCCACGAUCGGCACAGGUAAUACAUACAACAUGGGGGUCUAUGACGAGAAGAAGGAAACAUGCGGGACCAUCUGUCUGAAGUACCUGCUCUUCACAUUCAAUUUCCUCUUCUGGCUGGCAGGGGGUGCUGUAAUGGCAGUGGGGAUAUGGACUCUGGUGGAAAAAAGUGAUUACAUCAGCCUUCUGUCGUCCAGCACCUAUGCAGCCUCUGCGUACAUCCUAGUCCUGGCUGGGACUAUUGUCAUGGUGACAGGAGUGUUGGGCUGUUGUGCAACCUUCAAAGAGCAAAGAAACCUACUGAGAGUGUACUUUGUCCUGUUGUUGUGCAUUUUCCUCCUGGAAAUUUUGGCUGGAGUCCUGGCCUACAUCUACUACCAGCAGUGUUUCCCUUUCUGCCAUGAGCUGAAUGAGGAGCUGAAGCAAAACCUAAAGGACACCAUGACAGAGAAGUACAAGCAGCCUGGUGAGGAGCAUGUCACCAGGGCAGUGGACAAACUACAGCAGGAGUUUAAGUGCUGUGGUAGUAACAGCUCCUCAGACUGGGCAGAAAGCAAAUGGCUGAAGUCUGCAGAAUCUGAUCAGAGGGUGGUGCCAGACAGCUGUUGUAAGACCCCCACACCACUCUGUGGCAGGAGAGACCACCCAUCCAACAUCUACAAGGUUGAGGGUGGCUGCAUCACCAAGCUGGAGAACUUCAUCUUGGAGCACCUGAAGAUCAUUGGAGCAGUGGGCAUUGGGAUCGCCUGCGUUCAGAUUGUGGGAAUGGUGUUUACCUGCUGCCUGUAUCGGAAUUUGAAGGCGGAGCCAUACUGAGUACAGUAGAAAGUGGUGGAGGGGCACAUAUUCACCACAUCCAUAGAGUAUAACCACUACAUGGCCUGAUGUUUAUUAAUUUAAUAAUCUGUAUAUGUGCCAUAUAGAUAUGGGUAGAAAUGGAGGUGUGUGAUAGUUUGGGAGCAAACAGACUCCAGCUGGGACACUGAGAGGUGACUUCAGGACCUUGCUCCUGGUCUCUUCAACCUCAUCUCCAGCCGUUUAGACAAAUUAGUCACUCAUCACUCAUUUUUUAUCAGUUAUUCUUCACCUUUUCAGUCCAAAGUAUAUCUGAGCUCCUAGGUAACUUCAUGUUCUCAUUCAGAAUAAGGCCCAUCAAACACAGAGGUAAUCUACCUUAGAGUGAAUGGAGGGGAAAAAAGUCUUGUUAAAGAGAUAUCGUGAAUUGAUUUUACCAUGUGACAGAGAAAGUAGAGAAAUGAGAAAAGAUGUGAGUGAUGUUAUGUGUGCAUGUCUGUUUCAUACAUUACCCUAUUUCAAUUCUGUCCUUAGUAGAACCCCCAGGUUGUAGUGAUACAUUUCAUAACACACAAUAAAUGGGGGGAUAACAUGUAGACCAUUUUAGUGGUUUUGUAAAGUGCAGCUUCUUCUAUAAAAAAGGGAUGUAAUUAUUAAGCCACAGACACACAAAUGCUGUCACUCUGAUUCAAGUUAUCAACUUUUAACUGUCUAAUCACAGGGAAAGAAGCCUUCCUGCGCUGUGAUUUUUAUUCUUUUUCUUUUCUUUUUGUGCCUUCAUAGUGUUUUUAAAGAUUGACGUGAUCAGUGCUUUUAUAAAGAGAAAAACAUAACAUAAAUG